AUGAAAUCCAAUCGAGAUGAAAAAGAAAAGAUGCUGAAAGAAAAAGAUAAAGAACUUCAGGAAUCCCUCAAAACAUAUAAGUCCGAGGUUAUUCAACAUUCAUAUAUGAAGCUUUCUACCUCUGUAGUCAAAGUACACGAAGCAAACCUGCCUGGUCUUACUGCAACUUUUCGUUUAUCUCCAGUAUCAUCUGGUACUUUUUGGGCCAGUGGGGAUGAUAGAAAUCUCAUCCAGUUUGACUUGAAAGGAAAUAAGCUAAAUAAAAUACCAGCUAGUGGACAGGUAGAUGGAUUUCAUACGAUCACUACAGCGGAAGAGCUCCUCUACACAGAUUAUGAAAAGAAAUCCAUCUACAGAGUGGAUACUGAUAUGACAACUGAAGCGUUUUUUGACACAGGGGAAUGGAGGCCAUGGUCUAUCUUCGCCUCUCAUUAUAAUGGAGACAUACUUGUGGGAAUGAAGAAAAAUAAAGAAUGGAAAAUAACUAGAUACAACAGGGAAGGGAUGAGCUUUCAUGACAUACAGAAAAAAGAUAACGGAGAAGAACUAUAUUCAGACGUAAGCUACAUGACAGAGAAAAUCAAUGGAGACAUUUGUACAUCAGAUAUUAUUGCCCGUGAAAUGGUAGUGGUGAAUAGAUCUUGA